GCGACCGGAGAGCUGUGGCUAUGACUGCCCGCGGGACCGCGAGCCGCUUCCUGGGGAGUGUCCUGCACAACGGGCUGGGUCGCUACGUGCAGCAGCUGCAGCGGCUCAGCUUUAGCCUCAGCCGUGAUGCGCCCUCGUCCCGCGGCGCCAGGGAGUUCGUGGAACGGGAGGUGACCGACUUCGCCCGCCGGAAUCCCGGGGUCGUCAUAUAUGUGAACCCGCGGCCGUGCUGUGUGCCGAGAGUAGUGGCCGAAUACCUUAAUGGGGCUGUGCGCGAGGAGAACCUGAACUGCAAGUCGGUCGAGGAGAUCGCCACACUGGUGCAGAAGCUGGCCGACCAGUCGGGCUUGGACGUGAUCCGCAUCCGCAAGCCCUUCCACACGGACAGUCCUAGCAUCCAGGGUCAGUGGCACCCCUUCACCAACAAACCGACAGCACUGGGCGGGCUGCGCCCUCGAGAGGUCCAGAAUCCUGCCCCGACCCAGCGGCCAGCACAAUGAAGACCAACUCCAUACCCAUAGUUUGGACUCUCACUCCAGCAGAGGUGGUUCCUGCUCCUGGUUUGCUUCACGGGAGAUAGAUGGAGUCCACCAAUGGGUACUUUUGCUUGGGAUAAAGAAGAGCUGCCUGUCUGUUUUGAUGUCCACCGUUAGGGGCAGGGACUGUGAGUCUCCUCAUUCUUAGCCAGUUGACAUCCUGAAACCUGAGAAUCUUCAGAGAUUUGACUUGGUCUUCAUUUCUUAAAUCCAAAUCAAUAAUAGUGAUCUCAAAGCACAGUGAGGGCUUUCAAGGCUGGCUUCUGAAGAAUUCCUUUUGGCUUGUUUCUGUAGCCAGUGACCAAGAGAGUCUGCUGUGAGCCUGGCAUUGGGCUAGGCCCUUUAUAUCUAUGUGAAUGUUGUGUGCAGAUUAGAAAACUGAAGUUGAUAAAUUUGCCAAGGUCACACUUGAAGUCUGCUUCAAAAUAACACCAAUUUUUGACUUCUAAAACCAGAAGCAAAUGAAUAAUAACUCUUCAGGAUGGUGUAGUAUCAAAGGCCAUAUGAUUAAUCUAGGCUUAACCCUUGGAAAGAGUGAUUCUCAGACCAUCUGAUUAAUAGGCAACAUCUUCUAGAACUAGGGAGGGGAGGAGAUGAUGAGAAAAAGAGCCAGGAGGUAACAACCUAGAAACUUUUGUAUGAAUUCUUGAAUUGUCAUUAAUUUUGUCAUCCCCUUAUCACCAUGAUCAGUAAAUAGUGAUCAUUUUAAAAAGCCUGUGUGCCUGCUCAGGACAAACAGGAUGGAAGCUGAGGAUCCCACCUUCUGCAAAAUUAAAAAAAUAAU